UCUCUGACAACGAUUAUCUUACGACAUUUAGCCGAUGUUACAAUCUCCUCUGCACAUGGCCAGUUCUGCAGUCGUUCUCCCAUAUUGGGAUGUGCAUCACUAUUGCCGGAAACAGUAAUAUGCAUACAUGGUUCUCGUGUGGUGCCCCAACACUUUGUGCGAAGUUCGUUCGUUUCCCUAUUUAAACGGCCUUGAUCCUGCUGAGAGGUAUCGUCAACGUCACUAUCAUCGGCCGCAGACAAGCCAAUAUUCUCACAACUACAGCCACAAUGAAGCUUUCCGAUCUCGCCCUGACUGCCGCACUCAGCUUGUCCCAGGCCAUAGAGGUUCGCGCUGAGACAGUCCAGGGGUUCGAUAUCUCCAAUCAUCAGGCGACCGUUGACUUCAAGGCCGCCUAUAACGAUGGUGCGCGCUUUGUCAUGAUCAAGGCGACCGAGGGCACCGACUUCGUUGACAAGGUGUUUAGCUCCCACUACCAGGGUGCUACUGACGCAGGUAUGAUUCGCGGAGGAUACCAUUUUGCCCUGCCCAACAAGUCUACUGGCGCCAAGCAAGCGCAACAGUUCAUCUCCCAUGGCGGUGGCUGGUCCAAGGACGGUAUUACGCUGCCCGGUAUGCUUGACAUUGAAUACAACCCCUACGGUAGCACCUGCUACGACCUCAGCGCCUCAGAUAUGGUAGCUUGGAUCAAGGACUUUGUCGAUACGUACCAGAAGGCCACCGGUGUCUACCCAAUGAUCUACUCGACUGCCGACUGGUGGAAGACCUGCACCGGCAACGCCGGCGGAUUUGGCAAGACCUGUCCUCUGGUACUUGCCGCGUAUAGCAGCUCACCACCGUCGACGAUUCCCGGUGACUGGGCCACAUACACGAUUUGGCAAAACUCCGACAGCUAUACCCACGGUGGCGACUCCGACCUGUUCAAUGGAGCGUAUAGUCAGCUGCAGAAGAUUGCUAAUGCUGAGUAAAUGUGGCUUGAGUGGUGUGUCUGAUGAUACCAAGUUGUAUCUUUCGUUUGUCGCCAGAGUAUAUUUAUGGUGUGCAUGCGCCUUCCCCAACUGUCGUUAUAAUGCCGCUCUAUCGUCUGUCCAAACAUAAGGGGUAUAUCAAAACCAGGACAUAGC